AUGAAGUGGAUUGUGGACGUCUCUGCGGCCGUUCUCAUUGCCUUGGCAGGUCUCGACCUCACGGACGAGGACUUGAGUCAAGUCGUUGCGGACCUAAGUCGAAAAGGCAUCAAGCUCUCGGUGUCUGCUCUCAGGCCCAAAAGCCAACAGUUGGCUGAAGCCAUUACACUCACUCGAGCUCUGGAGAAGUCCUACAACAUCAACAUUACCAUCUCGGUGACGAGAUUCGGCAGCAGGCCUGUGGUGGGCAUUGCCAUGCCGUGUCUGUGCUCCAAAGCUACACCUUCACUGAGACGGCAUGGCAGGCACCUCACAUCCUACGGCUUGUGCCUCGACGUCCUCCUUGACUCCUCGACAGUUGGAGCCACCCCAUCGCCGACCGAUAUUUUCACUUCCCAUGGUGAAUUCAUUGUUCUCCAGCUGUGA